UUGAUUAUAUUUAACGUAAGGUCCCUCUAUCCCUAUUUUUUUGUUAGGGAUUAUCAUUGGUGUAACAAGUGCAAAAGUGAGGUUGAUUUGGUGCAGUUCACUGAAUUAUAAAUCCAUUAUCAACACCUUGCCUCUAAUUAUAAACCAAUCUCUCUCUGUCUCUGGACAUUACUAUUACUAGAAACCAAGUCUCCCACUUCUGAAAUUCUCCUUUUCAAAACCCCACCUGCACUAACCACUCAGCCUCCAAUCCAUCCAAUCUCAAACUCCAUUCAAAAUCGACAAUGACGGCCGAGAAGGCUCCGCCGGCGCUGCUGCAUGAGCUUCUGAAAGAGGAGCAAGAGCCCUUCCAUCUCAAAACCUACAUUGCCAACAAACAAUCCCAAAUCAAAGCCCUCCAGCUCAGCAAGCGCCGCCCCGAAACCAACAACCUCCGCAAACACGCCUGCUUCCUCUCCUUCGCCGCCUCUCCCCUCAAGAGCCCCUGCAAGUCCCCCGUCUUCCUCCAUUUCCCUUCCCUCACUCAGGCCGCUUUGCGCAUCCAAAAACAGCCACGCACCAGCUUCUCCCUGCUCUCCUCCUUCCUCAAACGCCUCAAGAACAGGAAGCGCGCCAUUUCUGAAUCCACUAAACCAAAUCAAGAAGAUAAGUCUUUGGGUUUCGAGGCGUCGACAAGUAGCCGCGUUUCUGACGAGAUUUGCGGCGAGUUUUGUCUCAACGAUGAUGACUCGUGUUUCUGCACCAGUCCCUUUCGAUUCUCUCUUCACCAGAGCCCCUCCUCCACCGGCCGCCUUACGCCCGAGUUUUCCUCGCCGCCGGCCUCGCCCCGCCGCCGCGCAAAGCAACAGGCGAAGGAAAAUUCAGACAAUGUGCAAGGAGACGAGGAGGAAGAGAAGGAGCAAUGCAGUCCAGUAUCGGUGUUGGAUCCUCCAUUCGAUGAGGAGGAUGUGUGUGAAAGCGGUUGUGCAGACGAGGAGGAAGAAGAUGAAUAUGAAGAUGAAGAAGACUAUGAUAUGGAUUGCAGCUAUGAGAAUGUACAGAGGGCCAAACAGCAGCUUAUGCACAGGCUAAGGAGAUUUGAAUUACUCGCGGAAUUAGACCCUGUUGAGCUCGAGACGAAGCUGCAGGUCGAAGGAUCAGAUGACGAAGGCCAUGUGGAACGAGAUGGAGAUGAGCUAUUUUCACCCUACAGACAGCAGCCUGGUGCAGAGCCAUUGUCAGCUGACAUGAAGAGGCUCGUGUCAGAUCUCAUAGUCGAGGAGAAGAAGCAGAUGGUUCAGCCGGGUGGUAGUGAAGUCAUGAUGGGGCGAAUCUGCAACCGAUUGGAUUCAUGGAAGGAGGUCGAGUUUGACACCGUAGAUAUGAUGAUAGGAUUGGACUUCAAGAAAGAAUUAGACGGAUGGAGUAAGCAUGGGGAGCAAGUUCAGGAGACAACAGCAGAAAUUGAGGUUGCAAUCUAUUUGCUGCUAAUUCAAGAAUUGACAGAGGAAUUGUCGAUCUGAUUUUGAUCAUCAUUGGAUUAGUUGUCUGAUCCGAGGAGUUAGUUAGAUUGUAGUGUAUGUGUAUGUAAAGUGUAAGCUAAAUUCUUGAGUAUUUUGGGAGUCAUGAUAACUACUAAUUCAACACAUAUCUAAAUUUUGUUUC